AAUCAUUCCAGCUCAAAUCGACCACGGAGUCGCAUCAAUUGGUUAAAGAUAUGCAGUACUCGAUCGCAUUCGUCAUCCGAGGACAGCUCCGAGGCUCAGGUGAUGAACGUCGACGACACGUCGCUGUCUUCAUCCUUCCACACAACAAAACGAAAAAACACCAGUCCACCGCUCAGCCCCAUCCCAGCCAACGAUGAGACGAUUUCCGGUGACACUCAGACCGAAAACAGUCCACGCAGUGGUUCUAUGCGACUUCGCGCGAGACCUCCUGAUAGGCCUGGAUUUGACACAUAUACGGUAGGUGCUAAUCGAGCUGAAGGAUGA